AAUGACGCACACACAGACUUGUGCGUAAAGAAGGAGGGCGCGGCCUCUCUCCAAGAUGGCGACGACCAUAGACAACAGCAAUGCUGCACAGGCGACCAAGAAAAAGCACCUGGGCAUCCCCGAGGCCGUGUUUGUGGAGGAUGUGGACACGUACAUGAAGCAGCCCGGCAACGAGACGGCCGACAUUGCUCUGAGGAAAAUGGAGGAACAAUACCAGAAAUACAAAUAUAUGGAGCUCAACCUGUCCCAGAAGAAACUCAGGUUGAAAAAUCAGAUUCCUCAAAUGACACAGACACUAGAAAUCCUCCGGCACAUGCAGAAGAAAAAGGAGACCACAGAACCGAUGGAAACUCGCUUUGUUUUGGCUCAUAAUCUUUACUGCAAGGCUUCCGUCCCACCCACCGAAAAAGUCUGCUUAUGGCUAGGGGCCAACGUGAUGCUGGAGUACGACAUAGACGAGGCCCAAGCUCUUCUGGAGAAAAACCUCUCGACCGCCUCCAGGAGCCUGGACACUGUGGAGGAAGACCUGGACUUCCUGCGAGACCAGUUCACCACCACCGAAGUCAACAUGGCACGAGUUUACAACUGGGACGUGAAACGACGACAAAAAGAAACCCUCUCGAAAUCAGCGGAAAAAUCUUAACUCCAGUAACUCCAGUGACACAAACAUUUAUCUCAAGUAUCGUCUUCAUAACAGCCCCAAAUCGCAUGUACAUCCUGAGCUAAUGCAGAGACGGUGAAUCCAGCAUCUAAACGGUUAAAGCUGCACUAUGUAACAUUCAUGGUGGAGGGGUUCGCCAGUUGUUCGUCUCCGUGGAGAUGUUAUUGUUGCCUGGGAGCCUCCACAGUACGGAAUUAAACUUAUCGAUCGUGAAUUUACUCAGUGACAGGUGCCUUCAUUGCAAAAAAUAAGAUACUAUUUGGCAUCGCCCCUUCAUGGACAUUGAUACGUUUAAUGCCAUACUGUGGGACGUUUAAGGCAAUACCAGCGAUACGCCCCCACCAGAGAAGUUACCUAGUGCAGCUUUAGUGCUCUUAGGUUUGUUUUUCAAAAGUUGCCAUGGUGAAAAUCAAGUCUUUCGAGCAAAUGAAGGGCAACUCCUUUUAGAUUAUAAUUCACCGUCUUUGAAACUUUAGCUCAAAUCUACAAUCACAGUCGUUUUUGUUAGUUACUUUUAAAAAUAUUUUUUCAAGUAAAAGAAAAUGCUACGAGAUGUUUUUGUAUCAUUUUAAUACGUUCAUUUUUCAAGUUUUUUCUUCUUUCUUCUCAUUUUCAGCACUCAUAUUCCUAUCUGGGAAAAAACUAGAACCACAAACUAGAUUCAUUUGAUAUUAGUUUUCUCAUAAUACUAGAUGAAUUCACUAAAUUUCUCUGUUUCUUGUUGACCAUUUUGGACCCCUGUACUCCUCUCUGUCUCUCUCACUCUCUCUACAUCUCUCUGCUGUCACUUCUUUCUGCCACUGUUCAAACUGUAUUUAUUUGUCUCAUUAAAUGAAGAAUGAAGUAAAGGAACGUUUGGGCAAAGCAA